CAGAAGAAAACGCGGUCACUCUCUCUCUCUCCUCCCUCCUUAUUUUCGAACCCUUUUUAAAUCAUUUUGGAACUCAUCUCGCCGGGUUAGACGGUGCCUUAUUAUUUUCCCUCUGCCAAAAAAAGAACACCACAGCCCCGAAAGAAAGAAAGAAAUUCCAAAAGCUCUCUCUCUCUCUCGGAGGAAGGAAAGCGAAGAGGGAAAAUGGCGGAUCAGCUCACCGACGAUCAGAUCUCCGAGUUCAAGGAGGCCUUCAGCUUGUUCGACAAGGAUGGCGAUGGCUGUAUCACCACCAAGGAGCUGGGAACCGUGAUGAGGUCGCUGGGCCAGAACCCUACAGAGGCUGAGCUACAGGACAUGAUCAACGAGGUGGAUGCUGAUGGGAACGGGACCAUCGACUUCCCGGAGUUCCUGAACCUGAUGGCGAGGAAGAUGAAGGACACCGACUCCGAGGAGGAGCUGAAGGAGGCCUUCAGAGUCUUCGACAAGGACCAGAACGGCUUCAUCUCAGCCGCUGAGCUCCGCCACGUGAUGACCAACCUGGGCGAGAAGCUGACCGACGAGGAGGUCGACGAGAUGAUCAGGGAGGCUGAUGUCGACGGCGAUGGUCAGAUCAAUUACGAGGAGUUCGUCAAGGUCAUGAUGGCCAAGUAAAUGAUCUCCCCCUCCCCCCAGUUACCACGCUCGAGAAGGAAAUUAUUGGUUUUUAAGAAAAAUUACAAAAAGAAGUUUCGCUGUUUUUUUUGGCAAAUUCUAAGAAAAGGGGAGUAGUAGGAAUUUGUGUUAGUGGGUGAAGGUGGUGGUGUGACAAUUCUGUCUCUUACAAACUUCUUUCUCUCGAGCAUCUUGUCUGUCUAUUAUGUCUUUGCCUAUUGAAAUGUUCUCUUUUCUACAUUGUUUCAGUUUCCCCUGUUUCAUGGGUAUGGUGAAUUUAUUAGUAUCUUUUGUGUGCAUUUGAGGAAAAGGAUUCAUCGUUUUAUCUUUAAUGAUUGAAUUGAAAAUGUUCUGUACUUCUGUUUA